UAAAAUCUGUUGCUGAAUUAGAUGACACAAAUAACAUAAAAUAUUUGCCUCCUACAAAGUGUGAAGGACUUUUAGAAAAAAUACGUGCUGCAAUUUACUUAUCUCUUGACGAAUUGUGGAGUAUCCCUGAUGAAAUAGGAUUAAAAGCAUCUAUGUUAGACCCAAGAGUGUUAAAAUUACUUUCAUUCGCUACUGAGAAUGAACGUAGAAAUACUGAAGCACAAAUUCGUGCAGAGUUAUUAAUAUUGGAAGCGCAAUUUAGACAGAACAAUGAUAACACAGAAGCAUGUAUUACUACAGAAGAAGAAGAAUACGAUUCAUUAAGUGCUGAAUUAUGGAGCUCACUUUCAACACCCACUACACAAACUAAGAACUCGCCUUGCACCAGAUUUAGUAAACAUGAUAUUAUUCUUAAAAAGAAAUUAUCUAUUUUUAGAAAAUAA